AUGGCGACGAUAGAUGAGACCCAGACCCAUGUCCAACUGAACGCUAAGUCCAGCCCAGACGCACCUCCGCAGCAAACAAGCGAGGGCAAGGAGCAGUAUCCAAGCCUUCCUCCUGCCCCGCUCCCUGACGUGGACGGCAGCUCCGAAAAUGGGCAUAUAGCCGCCGACGCUGUCCUUCCGCCAUCGGAUUCGACCGAGCAGCCAUGGAACAAGGUAGCUAGCGGCGACUUCAUCCAUGAAACCAAAAUGUCCAGUGAAGACCAGGUCAACCUUGCCAGGCCCGGCAGUCUACCAACACCCGACCCGAGCCGUAGAGGCAGCAACACAUUGGUCGGCAGCCCGCGUCAGGCUGACGGAUUGCAAAUGCUCAUGGACGAAUUCGCAGAUGAUGAAUCCUCAGACACCUCGUGGGACAUUCAGGAGACCAUUCAGAGUCGUACACAGGCAUUGGCUGAGAAGGACCACCGGGGCUUAUCCUCAAAGCAACGGCGGGGCAACCAGGCCAACGCGGCAGGCACGGUAACUAGUGCUAACGCUUGGUUGCCGGCUGGCUUCGAUGACGACCUGGACGAAGUGACGGGUGCUGACGACGAGUUCGAACCCACGCGCGGGAGUCGCUGGAGAGUAAGGCUGGCGCCUCUGAACACUCCGAUCCAUCGCCGACUGCAGACCUUGAUGGUUCUGCUGCACGUCCUCGGCAUGGGAAUCACUUUCAGCUUUUUCUGCUUCCUGUGCACGCUUCCCCUGUUUUGGCCCAUCGUCAUCGCCUACCUUGUACUCAUUAGACUGUCAAGAGCUGGAUCCGAUGGGAAGACAAACCGUCGUAUAGAAUGGCUUCGUAGGGCUCGCUUCUGGAAGUACUUUGCCGAUUACUUUCCUGUCAGACUGCACAAGACAGCCGAUCUACCGCCCACCCGCAAGUACAUCUUCGCGAUUCAUCCACACGGAAUCAUCUCGUAUGGCGCCUUUGCCUCCUUCGCCACAGAAGCCCUCGGCUUUUCUGAGAAGUUCCCCGGCAUCACAAACAGUCUCUGCACUCUGCACGGCAACUUCAAGACACCGUUCUACCGCGAGUAUCUCAUGGCUAUGGGUUUGAUCUCGGUUUCGAAGGAGUCCAUCAUUAACACUUUGAUGACCGGUGGGACCAAUGGUGAAGGCAUGGGCAGAGCAGUCUCCAUCAUUGUGGGCGGAGCGCGAGAGGCACUCGAGGCCUGCCCCAAGACGAUGCGCUUGAUACUGAAGCGGCGCGGCUUUUGUCGCAUGGCGCUGCGCACCGGCGCUGACCUUGUGCCGGUGCUCUGCUUUGGUGAGAACGACCUCUACCAGCAGUGGGGCCCGCAGGAUCACCCGCGCUUCCGUCGCCUGCAAAUGAAGGCUCUCGCAUACCUAGGAUUCGCGGUCCCGGUGUUGAGGGGAAGGGGCGUUUUCAACUACGAUUUUGGAGUCCUUCCGCAGCGGCGGCCGAUCAAUGUCGUUGUCGGUGAACCCAUCAAGGUCGAACAGUUCCGGGGCAGUGGUAAUAUUGAGCCGCGUGUCGAGGAGUUGUGGAAGCUAUAUUGCCAAAAGCUUCAAGAGCUGUAUGACCAGAACAAGGACGUAUACUUCAAGGAUCGCCAUGAGGAUAUGAUCAUUGUUGACUCGGAGGAAUCGUGA